AAAUUCCAGAGUCUCAGUCUUGGCGCCUAAACGAGAUCGAUUGGGAUCAUUGGGAUCAACUAAGAGUAGGAGGAUCCGUUGCGAUUUUAGAAAAUGUCCUCGUGGAAUCGGAUUCAAUCAGGCUUCGAUGUAGAUGAUGAGACUAUUAAUUUUGGUACGCGGAUAAUCGCUGAAAACAAUGGUUCGUUAUACGAGGCGUGCACCGUCGCAACAAUUCAAUCGCUUGAAAGGGUUGAUGAAGUAUCAAUGGUUUUGGCAUCUAUUCAAUAUUCCAAAAUUUGUGUAGCAAUCGACAAGUCCAUUACAAUCUUCAGAGAUGAAACAUGCGACGAAAUAUUAUGUAAUAUCAGCUUUCCUUCCAUGAUAACCAAUUACUGCAUUUCUAAAGAUGGUUUCUUUUUAUUUGUAAUACUUGCAACCAGGAUUUUAUACUGCCUACAUUUAUUAGAUGGAAAGAUUAUUUUUACAAAAACCAUACCUGAAAAUCAGAAUGAUAUAAUAAAAAUUUUCUUGAAAGAACAAGGAGAAGAAAUAGUUAUAAUUCUUAUCACAAAUGCUGGAGCUAUUUAUAAAUUCUCCAAUUUUUAUCCUAAAUCUUUAGAACUUGCAUUUAUCAGUGAUGACAAAGAUAUGAUUGCAGAGUGUACAGCAAAUAUUCAAUGCUCUCAACUAUUCAAAGGAUUUACUUCAUCAGAGUUCUUAGAUGGCAUAAUGGAUACAUCUUUAAAAGAACUAUCAAUAAUUAUGGUUGGAACAAAUUCAAUAUUUAUUUGGCCUAAUGAACAUUGUAAUAAUUUUCAAAGUACAUAUUUUGGAUAUAAAAAGAUAAGACUAUUAUCUGGUAGCAGCAAAAUGCUUUGUCUUCGUACAGAUCAUGUAUUAAGUAUGGUAUGUUUGAAUACAUUACUAUCAUUGAAAAUGUGUGAGGGUCCAGUGUUUGAUUUUAUUGUAACACGAUACAGUGAUGCUGAUCAUUGUGAAAUUUUGAUUUUAACACAUUCUAAUGAUUGUACUAUAUAUAAGUUACGUGUUAUUUCUUAUCCAGAUUUUGAGCAGAAAUUUGAAAUUAAUGUAUCUGCUAUUACGUAUUUAUUCGACGUUUCAUUUAUUUCUGAUAGCAUAUUUUAUGUAGAAGGUAUCACUACUGAAACUGGAAUUAUUGAUACAUUUAGAGUAAAAAUGAUAUCAGAAAAUAUUCCUGAGAUACGUUUAGCGAGAUUAUUGAAAAGGAGGCAAUUUGAUGCAGCUGAAGCUUUUGCAAACAAAUUAGAUCUUUCAAUGGAACCCAUUUAUUGUUCUAAAGCAGCAUUACUUGUAGAACAACUCAGUCCUUGGGCAAAAUCUUCUACUUUAGUAGACACAGAUAUGCUGAUAAAUAUUUUAGAUAAAAUACAAGAUAUUCAAUAUGUGAUUGAAUGUUGUAGCAAAGCUCUCAUUUCUAAUUAUAUAGAAAUGAGACGAAUAUACUUAUAUGCUCGGCAAAGAAUAGUGCAAAUACUCAAGAUAAAAAACGCAGAUGAUUUGCUGAACGUUAGUCUAUCUAUGAUAAACGACGCUUUAUACAGACUUGAAACUUUUCAAAUGAUCCAAAAUACUGGGACGAAUACAUUAUUGAACGACGACACAACUAUAAAAGAAUGGAUAAGAUUUUCACAAACAAAUUUAUUGGAAGAAUGUACUACCCAUUUAAGCAUGGGUCAACUAAAAUCUGCUACAUUAAUUUGGACAAGACAUCUUCCUGAUCUUAUGAAGCAUAUAACUAUACAAACAGUUCAAAAUAUUUUUGCAAUUUUACCUGAAAACAUGGAUCCAUCAUGUUUAUGGCCAUGGCUUAUUCAUUUUAUACCAACAUUAUUAUCCUUAUUGCCCGAUGCAAUAAAUGAAAUUAUGUCUUGGGGUCUGAAGAAACUAAAAUAUCUAGAGAUAUCCCAUCGUACGGUAUGGCCAGAAAUUGGUACAGACUUUGCAAAAAAGUUUAUAAAAUUGCUUAAAUUUGAAGAUAAUCAAUCAGUAUACUUUCAUCAAGAAUAUAGAUAUCAAAACUCUUUACUGAAACAAUUCAUGUUUCUGCUUCAAGCUUUAGCUGAUAUUCAUCAAUUGAAGAUUACUUACAGGUUGAGAAUACCUCUUGAUAUAUACGUCGAUUCGUCUAUAGAAGCGAUUUAUAUACUGUUGGAUAAGAUGCAUAUUGAUCAAAUAUUGAAUUUUGCAAAUACAUUUCUUAAACAAUAUAUUCUUAAUAAUAAUUUACAAAACGAUAUGGUUCUCUGUACAUAUAUUCAGAAAACAAUAGAGAAUUCGUAUAGUUGGUGGCUUAAUGAAGAAGCUGCAUGGGAGAAAAGAGUUACUAUUAUAAUAAGCCUUAUACAUAAUAUAGAGAAACGGUUGGAGCAAACUUUGAUAAUUUUAAGAAAGGCACCAGUACCUUGGAGUUCUACUAUAGCUACUUUAGCAGAAACAAGCAGUAACUAUGACCAUAGUUUAGUUUCUAAAAUUAAAAUUGAACGCGAUUAUGUUCCGAUAAAACUCAUUUUAAAGAAAUAUGGAUUUGCAUCAAUUGGCGUAAAUAAUAGAUUAAUAUCGCGUAUAAUAAAGGAUAAUUGUGAUUCUAUGAUUAACGAUAUAGAUGUGCUAACUAAAAACGAUCAACAAUUGAGACAGGAUGCAUUUUCUCGCUGCAUAAAUAUUCGAUUGAGAGAAAAAAAUAUUCAAAAAGCAAUGGAUAUAAUAUGUUACUUGGAAAAUGAUGCUGUUUUCUCUUUAUAUUGUUAUGAAGGACUUAUUAAUUAUAUCGUUGCAGCGCUCUCUUUUCAGAAUGAAACAAUAUCCUUGGAUUGCCAUAUGGAAAUACUAGGCUGCUUAGAAUUUAAGAUAUAUAACUUGUUGACACAAAUAAAUAUUUGUUCGUAUCGUUGCAACAAUAUUAUCAAAAUGAUAAAAGAUUUAAGAUCAUUAUAUACAUUGAAGAAAUUAUAUAAGAUUGAUAUUUCCUUGAAAAAUUAUCGUAUGGAGAAAUCACUUGUGUUGCAGAAGUGUAUCAUAAAAUUAUUUUCAAAUAUAAAGGAUAACGAUUUAUCAGUAAUUUACAAGACAGUUAACAAAAUUGCCGAUUUAUUGAAAUUGGAAAGGUCAUAUGCGAUCUCAUUAUUAUUAGAGCAGACAAAAAACCUAAACAUAUUGGAACAACUUGUUGAUGACGAUGAAGAUUUAAAUAUAAAGACGAACAAAUUUAAAAAUACAUAUAAGAUGUGCUCGUCAGUACUACAACAUACUGAUAUAGAUACAAAUGUUAUAAAAAUUCUUAAAAAUUUAAGUGCAUCAACAUUAAAUACAUGUCAAGACAAUGAUUUACAAUCUGCAUUAAUACUUUAUAAUUGUAUCAAUGCAUACCCAAGUUUUUUUACUCAAAAUUAUUAUAACAUAAAGCAAGGUCCUACGUUACUCUCUACCUGGAAGCUAUAUACAAUUUACAAGGAUCAAGCAAUAUCUUUGGAUGAAAGAUUGUUAUCUCUGUUUAAAGAUGCAAUGACUCUACAUUUAUAUUAUUCAAAUCAGAUUCAAAGUAAUGAAAUCACAAAUUGUAAUGAACAAAUGGAUCAGUUGCUAAAAGGUUUCUUGGAAAAUAUAAGAAAUGUACGACUUCAACACAACGAUUAUUCUUUAUUGCAAAUUUUCAAGACGUUCUAUUUUAUGUAUUGUAAUAUAUCUUCAAGAAACGAAGAGAUAUUAAUAGAUAUGAAAUCUAUAUUAUCACAGCUUUCGAUGAAUUUAUUAAAAAAAUUAUGUACUGGACAACCAUUCGAUCUGCAGUUGGGAUUAUCGUCUCUUUUUGUGCUAUCUGAACAAGAGGCGUGCAAUUGGCUUUCCAUAAGUUCUACUUCAUUUCAAGCUGAUCAUAUUCGACAUUGUAUAAUCUCUACUCUGGGAUACGAGUAUUCGCGCUUAAGGCAAAAUCGAUCAUUAAAACAGACAUUUGAAAGUUACAAGCUAUUGCAUAUUUGGGCACAACGAUUAUCAUCUUAUUCAAUAUCUCCUAAAGAGGUUCUAAUAAAUACUACUUCGAGCAAAAGAGAAAUUUUACAGCAGAUUAUAAGCAGUAAUAAAGAAAACAUGAUUUUUUUACUAAAGGAUUAUUGUUGUAGUUUUGGAUUUAAUUUCAACGAUUGUCUUUUACUGUAUUUACAAAUAUUAUUAAAAACAUGGAAUCCGACAAUAACCAUUUCAGACACAAGCAUGAGUAAAGAAUUAAUUAUCUCUAAGGACGAAGUCGAUGAUUUAAAAAAGAAAUGUUGUGCAAUUGUUACGCAAAUGGAAGAUAAAUCCAUGUUAAAGCAAUGUGUCUCUACAUUAUGGGAAAACAUUACAUUUUAUCACUAUGAAGUAUUCAUCAUACUAAUGGAUCUCAUAGGAGAUAAGGAUAUGAAAAAGAGGAAUUAUCUUUGUUUCUUGCAAAAUUACACUCGAAACGGGCUUCCUACACCAAUGGAACGUGAUGAAUGGAUACAACUUAAUCCAGGACAUAGUACGUUGCCACCUAUAGCCCAAUGGAGACUUCCAUUCCUCCUUAAGGUCGACAUUUGGAAAAUCAUUACUCCUGAGCUGAACUUACGGACAUAUGACAAGUGGCUUGACAUUGCACCCGUACUCAAUCUAGAAGCACAUCUUAUAUGUACAUUAGCUAUUAAGGGUGAAGUGACACAAGUAUGGGGAAACAAUUUUGCUCCAUCGAAAGAUGCAGCAUGGUCGCUUUAUCCGACAAAUACCACAUUGCUCAAAGAUAUUAAGAAAUGCAUUCAACAGAUGUCAGAUUCGGAUGGAUUUUAUUAUGGCACUGCGGCAUUGUACUAUGUCGUGAAUCAUACACCUCCAGGUGCUGAUCGCGUUGCUGCGGCGAAGAAAUGUUAUGAAUACGCUCAACUGGCAGCACAAAAUUCUACAAAAUUUGAAGAGGGAAUGUUAGAAAAAAUUAAAUCCAAAUAUUUAAGAUUUACAUCCGAGCAUAUUCUACGUACAUAUGGAUUGGAAAAGAAAAAGUAUUUCGCUUUAAUAGAAAACCCAUGCAAAUUGGUAUACGAGUUAUAUAACGAUGAGAGUAUACCUUUACGAUAUCGGACUGCAACCAAUUAUAGACCUGAUAUUAACGCUGCCGUUAAUGAAUUGGGUAAACUGUACUCAUUGAAUACGGUAAAAUUGCGUAUGGAUUUAUUGGAAGAAUGGUUACAAUCCAACGCCAAGUAUGCCGAAUUGUCCCAGAGUUUUACAGAGACGUUUCUAGCGCCGAAAGAAUCUGAUCAGAAUACAGAUUGUGAAGAUAAUUUACUUAGGACAUGUUAUAUGCUGGAAUAUGGAGAUGUAAAAUUAUUUGCACAAUUUCUUAUAAACAUCGGUUUUGGUGAUCGUCACGGUGAGACCGAACAUAGUUAUAACGUACGAUAUCGAAUAUUUCGGAUAUUGCAGACUGUCAUUGACACUACUACAUUAGAAGAACUGACUAAGCAAGAUAUCUGUACUUUUAGAAAGUACAUGAAAUCGUUACAAUAUAUUGGUAAAUUGGAGUCGUUAGGAUUAUGUUACAGUGUUGAUACAUUUGAAACAUGUUGCAAACGCGAACUUGUCCAGAUAUUAUGGAAAACUCAACGGUUCUUGCCCUAUGCGCUCUCUGUUAUUGCGCAAAUUUGCAUCGACUUUAAAAUAAAUGACGAUAUUGUACUUUGGGAUGAUACUUUGAGUCAGAUGACAAAAUUUCGAAUGAUGAGCGACUUGAAGAAAAUUUUAUUGCAAUUACGAAAUGAAAGUGUUAUUAUAAAUUGUAAUGGUUACAAAACGGGAUGGCAAUUGAUUAUCUCCAAGCCAUUUGGAGAAAUGGAUAUAAAUCCGAAUCUGGAACAAAUAGAUAAUUGCAUAGAGGCGAUCUGUCUGCUAUAUUCAUGUCCUGUGAUACAUGAAUUAGACUUUAACACUAUCGUAAGAAAUUGUUUUCAAAGCAAACAAGCACACUUGGCCGUUGCACUUUUACCAUUUUUAAAUGAAAAUGAAAAAAAGUUUGUUUUAGAGACUAUUAAUCAAAAAUAUCAAAUCAAAGAACUCAUAGAGGACUUGAAUCAAUUGUCUUCUAAAGGAAUACUUACCAUUACACACAGUCUCACCAUGGUACAGAAAUCAACAUUAUAAGUAUAAAAAGAGAAAAAGCUAA